AGCUAGGCCCAAUCCGAUUUGGAUCCGUAUUAUCAGUAUCACAAGCCCCAAUGGGCAAGGGCCACAAACGCACAGCUGCCAACGAUUUCCAUCACUAUCUGCCCAAAACCCUUUGCAAAUCCCCAAAACAUGUGUUUCAGCCCUCUCUCGCUUCCGGGUUUUAUUCAUCGACCUAAAAUUCCAAAGACCCACUGCAAAUUUCUCGCUUCUUGUUCCCCGGGUAGAAGAAGAAGAAGAUGGAAUUGUUUAUGGGGUUAAGUGUGCAGUGCUUAGUGGAUUUGAUGGUGGCAUGGGUUUCUUUAAUGAUCGGUUUUGGUUUUUUCGCUCUUAUUGCUUCUAUUCUCUGCUCUGCUGCUUUCAUUAACAAUACCAAGGACGUAUCCUGAAUCUCAUAACCCAAGAUUUUACAACCAAUUGAUGAAAAGCGACUUUGUGCAUAUUUUUCAGAUGCUCAGGCUUCUUGUCCUUCAAUAAAAGCUGUUACUGUGGAAUCCACUGCAGUUGUUGUUCUCCCUCGCAUGUAAUGUUGUCCUUGUUCCUGUUUUCAGCAAUAAAAGUACAAUUUUUUU